UCUUCCUUCUCCUUCCCCUAAACAUAAAAUAAAAUAAAAUAAAUCUUCCUUCUCCUUCCCGCCACCAUGGCGGCCGCCGCCGCCUCUACCUCCGCCGCAACCGUGUCCGCAAUCUCCGCCCACGUAGCCGCCGGACGCCUCUUCGCUGCCUUAGAUAAGCUCACCCCUUCCUGGUCCUCCUCCCCGAUACCUUCAUGUCUCUACGCCUCUCUCCUCCGCCUGGCAACCUCACACGGCUCCCUCUCGGCCGCCCGCCGCAUCGCGACCCACCUCGCCGCCUCCUCUUCCGCGUCUUCAACCUCCCGCUCAUCAGUCCCCACCUUCCUCUUCAACCGCGCCAUCGAGUCCCUUGCUGCCUGCGGCAGCGUCGCUGACGCGCGGGAAUUGUUUGACUUAAUGCCGCUCCGGGACGGGGGUUCCUGGAAUGCUAUUAUCACGGCUUCCUCCCGUGCGGGACAUCCAUCUGAGGCUCUCUCCCUCUUCUCCAAUAUGAACUCCCUUGGCAUUCGUCCCAAGGAUGCCACAAUGGCGUCCGUGCUCUCCUGUUGCGCCGAGUGCCUCGACUUGUGUGGUGCCCGGCAGCUCCACGGCCAUAUCGCCAAGCGGGACUUCCAGUCGAAUGUCAUUCUUGGCACAGCACUGGUUGAUGUUUAUGGGAAUUGCUUCUUGCUUGCAGAUGCGAGGCGGGCAUUUGAUGACAUUUUGGAACCUAAUGCCAUUUCAUGGAAUGUCAUUGUACGGCGCUAUCAUCUUGCAGGGAUGGGGGAUAUGGCGGUUGACAUGUUCUUUCGGAUGCUCUCAGCAGGAGUUAGGCCGCUUGGUUAUACGGUCUCACAUGCAGUUCUUGCUUGCCGGGAUAACAAUGCGCUUGAAGAAGGGCGGUGCAUACAUGCUUUUGUGCUCCGACAUGGGUACGAGCACCAUGUGCACGUGCGGAGCUCAGUCGUAGAUAUGUAUGCCAAGUGUGGUGCCAUGGAUGCAGCCCAGAGUCUCUUCAACUUGGCACCAAUGAAGGACAUGGUAAUGUCAACUUCAAUUGUGUCAGGACUUGCUUCUUGUGGAAGGAUUGCUGAUGCAAAGCGGGUGUUCGAAGGGAUGAAAGAGCGCAAUUUAGUGUCCUGGAAUGCUAUGUUAACCGGUUAUAUCAGGUCAAUGGAUCUGACUGGUGCUUUGCUUUUGUUCCAGCAGAUGAGGCAGGAGACAAGGGAGUUUGAUGCUAUUACGCUCGGUUCAGUGCUCAGUGCUUGUACUGGGAUUCUUGAUAUUGGGAAAGGUGAGGAGGUUCAUGCUUUCGCUAUCAAGUGUGGUUUUUUCAGUAGCCCUAUCCUGAAGAAUGCUCUUGUGAGGAUGUAUUCCAAAUGUGGAUGCCUGAGGAGUGCAGAACGACUGCUUCUGUUUGAGAUGGGAUCUGAGAGGGACAGCUACUCUUGGAACUCACUUAUCUCAGGUUAUGAACGCCACUCCAUGAGUGAAGCAGCUCUGUAUGCACUGACAAAGAUGCAAUCUGAGGUAACUCCUAACCAGUCCACGUUCAGCUCGGCACUGGCAGCUUGUGCCAACAUAUUUCUGCUUAAGCAGGGUAUGCAGAUUCAUGCAUACAUGAUCAGAAAAGGCUAUGAGAUUGACGAUAUACUGCGUAGUGUAUUGAUUGACAUGUACUGCAAGUGUAGGCAGUUCGAUUAUUCUAUCAGGAUAUUUGAGGCAAGACCAUCUCGCGAUGUCAUCCUGUGGAAUUCGAUGAUCUUUGGGUGUGCUUACAGUGGUAAAGGUGAGUAUGGGCUUGAUUUGUUUGAUGAAAUGCAGAAGCAGGGGAUUAAAGCAGACUCUGUCACUUUCCUUGGUGCACUCGUUUCAUGCAUCAGUGAGGGGCAUGUCAGGUUGGGAAGGAGUUAUUUCACUCUGAUGAUGGAUGAAUCCAUCAUCCCUCGCAUCGAGCACUAUGAAUGCAUGAUCGAGCUGCUGGGCAAGCAUGGAUGCAUGGUUGAGCUCGAGGAUUUUGUGGAGCACAUGCCAUUCGAGCCGACAACUGCAAUGUGGCUAAGGAUCUUUGAUUGCUGCAGGGAAUAUGGGAACAGAAAAUUAGGGGAGAGAGCUGCCAAGUGCAUCAAUGACAGCAAUCCCCUGACACCAGUUCAAUUUGUGGCUACUGUGGACUACGAGUCCAAUGAUGGUGGCAGAGAAGCAGAGUCCACAUCAUUUAGCUCGGAAGGAGAGGGCUGCGAAGAAUUGCCAUUUAGCUUGGAAGGAGAGGCGAGGUUGCCUCUGUGAUCUGUGAGUGCCACGACCUCGGCUACCAGGUGGCUGAACUGAUAUGCGUAAUUGCCGAGACGAAUCAAGGAAUGACCUCCAGCCAAGAGAAGGGGUCGAGGGCUGAAUCCAGUUUGCUGUAAUUGACAAUAUCAUGACCUCAAGCUUUUCUCAGCUUUCUGGUGAGUACGAAUCGGAGAACAAUUUUUGACAGCCACGGAGUUCUGUAUCAACUGAGCUACCAUACUGAGUUACUAACUCCACGUUGAACGGUUCAUCUUUCUGCCGCAAGGCGACCAUUUGAGACUUGCUCUCUGAUAGUCUGUCUAUGUUGAGUGCUGACUGCUGAGACCUCCUCUUGACGACGAGAGCUCUCGGUGAUCAUAUGGCAUCAGAUAGGAAGAUGCUGGGGAGGUUGUAAAGUAUUUGUUGGCAAAAGACGUUGUAAAUUACAUAAUUUAGUUUCUUUUCUCAGUAUAUUCAUAAUAA